AUGGAGGACUUUGGAUCUCAGCACAACGGUGUUUUAAACUCGGUAGACGAUGGGAUAUCCAAUUCGGAAGCCAGGAUCAGGGUAUUGGAGCAGGAGAAGGUGAUACUCACACGCCAAGCUGAAGAAGUCCUAGCUACCCUGGCUGGGAAGCAUCGGGCGCAAUGCAAGAAGGCAAAGCGACUUGAGAGCCGUCUUUGCAAGGAGGCGACAUUGGCCAAGGAGAAUGCGGAAGAGGCCGAGCGCUUCAAGCAUAAAUUUUCCGAACUGCGCGAUUUGCUUGAUUCCGAGCGGGUGCCAAAGGAGGACGAACUGGACCAUCUCAGAGGCAAGGUGCAAGAACUCGAACAGGCGCAUACUCCGAGUGCUUGCCACCGGGCUUCUCAGACUGAUUCAGGUGUUGAUACUUCCUAUGUUUGUGCUCGUUGUCAACAAGAACGUGACACAACAUGUGUCGAUAUCGAGCCAAGCCAUUCGAGGAAGGUUUCGGGGCCUCGAGAGGACUCAGAUGUCGGACGAGAGACGCCAGGAGCGCCCUAUUCUGUCAAAAAGGGACAAUUGUCUUAUACAAUUGGCCAGGAUGAACAGUUUUAUACUGAGGCAAAGGGACAAAUCUCGCAACUAGAGAAAGCCUUAGCAGACAAAGAUGCCCGAUACAGAGAGACCCAAAUUUCUCUGGAGCAAGCCGCAGAAAGGCGUCUUCAGGAGCAGCGACAACGCUUCGAAGAUAUCAUUGAAGAAAAGAUGGCGGCUCACCGCAAGGAGCUAUUAGAAACCCAGCAACAGGCGGAGGAGUACUUCCUGGAACUGAGCGAGCGGCACGCAGAUGAGUGCGAGGCCCUCUUACAAGAUGGAAAGCAACUUGAAGAAAAAUAUGGCAAGUUACUGCAAGAAUACAACCAGACUGAGAUCAAGAAGCAAUAUCGAGAGGAGGACCCUGAGCGCGAACACCACUUCCAAACCGACGCCAUGGAGAAGAUGCACAAAGCAGAAGGUGAUAAUCGAAAGAGCGAAAGAAUCAAGACCGUGGCGAACACAAUCAACAAGAUCCAAAACUACAGGAGAACAUAUGUCGCCAAGAAGAGCAAUGAGAUCCAGCCAGAGAAGCACAUUGCAAUCUGCGAGUGA